AUGAGGUCCUGGGAUAGUGCAAUAUUGAUAGUACUAGUCACUGCCCUCAUAUCUGCCGUAAGCAGCGAAAGCACUGGGUCUAGAUCAAAGGGCUUUACAGUGCAGGGGAAGCUGAUAUGGCCAGGUGAUAUCAUCAGCGCAGCCAGUGUGAAGCUGAUCUUGAGCACAGAUGGGACGAUCCAAAAAUACGCCUGGCCACAGCCGGAUGGCAAAUUUGCCAUACACAACGUGCCCGCUGGCUCACAUCUUCUGGAUGUUGCAGCUGUCGGUCUGGUUUAUCCACAGCGGCUGCCGGAGCCUCUCAUAAUCAGGCCUGUGGGAACAGCAGAUUACUUUGAGAAACAGGCGCCAUUCAACCUCAUCGGCUUCCUGAAGACGCCCUACGGCCUCAUGAUAAUCUUUGGCGCGCUGGCUGUCUUUGUCCUGCCACAGCUGAAGGUUGAUCCAGAGGAGUACCAGGAGAUGAUGAGGCAGAAUGCGCCGAGCUCAACACCGGCUGUCACUGCCUCCCCUCAGCGGCGGAGACAAAAUUGA